UAUUCCAGAAAAUGGUGGACCAGACAGAAAGGAAUGAUGGCUCCUUGCUCAAUUAUAUUUAAGAGUUGAUUCUUAAUACAACAGUACAGUUGAAUAGUAAUCAUUUGUGUAUGUCCUAAAUGAGGCGUCGUUUGGGUUUUCUUUUUCUUUUCAUUUCGCGUUGAAUCAGUAGGCUUCUAACACACGGUGCCCACUGCACAGGUAUCAACGCGACCAGCCACAAAACUAAAGUGCUUCAAUAUGUUAGAAGAAUCAUCAGAGCCAGGGUGGCUAUCCGAAGAAGUAAAAACUGGGACCACCAUCAUUGCUAUUGAGUUUGAUGGAGGUGUGGUGCUGGGCUCUGACUCUCGAGUGUCUGCUGGGGAGACUGUGGUGAACCGGGUGAUGAACAAGCUCUCUCUCCUCCAUGACAAGAUCUACUGCGCCCUGUCAGGCUCGGCUGCAGACGCCCAGACCAUCGCUGAGAUGGUCAACUACCAGCUGGAUGUGCACAGCAUUGAGGUUGGAGAGGAUCCCCAAGUUCGUUCAGCUGCCACUCUGGUGAAAAACAUCUCGUACAAGUACAAAGAAGAGCUGUCAGCACAUCUCAUUGUUGCCGGGUGGGACAAGAGAGCAGGGGGACAGGUGUAUGUGACCCUGAAUGGACUGUUGUCCAGACAACCCUUUGCGGUCGGCGGCUCCGGAAGCUCCUAUGUCUAUGGGUUUGUUGAUGCAGAGUACCGGAAGGCCAUGAGCAAAGAGGACUGCCAACAGUUUGUUGUCAACACACUUUCAUUGGCCAUGGGUCGAGAUGGUUCCAGCGGAGGUGUGGCCUACCUUGUCACUAUUGAUGAAAAGGGUGCAGAGGAGAAAUGCAUCCUGGGCAACGAGUUGCCCACUUUUUAUGAUCAGUGAAAACUGGGUUGUGAGAACAGUAACACUCAUGUUGCGUUGUUGUAGUUAUGAAACUGAGUGGACAUAUGGCCACCUUACGAACAAACAGUACUAUUAAAUCUACACAGGAUAUAGAAUGUUUGCAUAGGGGUAUGAAUCAUGCUGGCACAAUGUCAAAUAUUCUCACUACACAUGCCAUUUUCAAAAUUAUUCAUAAUUGUUAUGUCCUCUGUUGAAAACAACUGAUUUUAUUUUGGGUAGCCAGGGACCUCAAGCUAGACUGUCUUUGGGUGAUUCACAAGUAAAUUAAAUUUUUCUUGGAUA